CAUUGCAUUGCAUGCUCGUGGCCAGCCAUUGCUACGUCGGAUCGACCAGUAGCUUCGCUUGAGCUUGGCUAUGGAGUUGCUGCCGACGUUGAUGGCGCUGCUGCUGGCGCACGCGGCGGCGUGGCUGGCGUGGCAGGCGGCGGCGCGCCGGCAGCGGGGGAGGUGCUACCUGCUCGACUACGCCUGCCACAAGCCCUCCGACGACCGCAAGGUGACGAUGGAGCAGUCCGGCGCCAUCAUCGAGCGCAACAAGCGCCUCGGCCUGCCGGAGUACAGGUUUCUCCUCAAGGUCAUCGUCAACUCCGGCUUCGGCGAGCACACCUACGCGCCGCGCAACGUGCUCGACGGCCGCGAGGAGUGCCCCACCCUGCGGGACGCGCUCGAGGAGAUGGACGACUUCUUCGACGACGCCGUCGCCGCGGUGUUCGCCAAGACCGGCGUCUCCCCGCGCGACGUUGAUCUGCUCGUCAUCAACGUCGGCUCGUUCGCGCCGGCGCCGUCGCUCGCCGACAGGGUGGUGCGCCGCUUCGGGAUGCGCGGUGAUGUCAUGGCGUACAACCUCUCCGGCAUGGGCUGCAGCGCGGGGCUCGUCUCCGUCGACCUCGCCCGCAACGUCAUGCUCACGCGGCCGCGCACCAUGGCGCUCGUCCUCACCUCCGAGUCCUGCGCGCCCAACUGGUACACCGGCACCGACAAGUCCAUGAUGCUCGGCAAUUGCCUCUUCCGCUGCGGCGGCGCCGCCGCGCUGCUCACCAACGACCCGGCGCUCCGGUCCCGCGCCAAGAUGGAGCUCCGCUGCCUCGUGCGCGCCCACAUCGGCGCCCAAGACGACGCCCACGCCGCCGCCGUGCACCGCGAGGACGCCGACGGCCGCCUUGGCGUCAGCCUCAGCAAGGCGCUCCCCAAGGCCGCCGUGCGCGCCUUCACCGAGAACCUCCAGCGCCUGGCCCCACGCAUCCUCCCCGCCGGCGAGCUCGCCCGCUUCGCCGCCCGACUCCUCCUCCGCAAGCUCCUCCGCCGCAAGUCCGCCGGUGCCAAGGGCGAGGGCCCCAAGAUCAACUUCAAGACCGGAGUCGACCACUUCUGCCUGCACCCCGGCGGGAAGGCGGUGAUCGAGGCCGUGAGUAAGAGCCUGGGUCUGAACAGCUACGACGUGGAGCCGGCGAGGAUGACGCUGCACCGGUGGGGGAACACGUCGGCGAGCAGCCUCUGGUACGUGCUGUCCUACAUGGAGGCGAAGCGGCGGCUCAAGGCCGGGGACAGGCUGCUCAUGGUGACCUUCGGGUCGGGGUUCAAGUGCAAUAGCUGCUACUGGGAGGUGACCAAGGACCUCGCCGACGCCGGAGCCUGGGAAGACUGCAUCGCCGACUACCCGCCGGAGAAGAUGGUCAACCCCUACAUGGAAAAGUUCGGGUGGGUCAACGACCUUCCCAGCCAGGGUCAGGGUGGCGCAUUCCCUUUCUUCUAAUUAAUUAAUUAAUUACUGCACUUAUUAAUUUUUA